GUUACAUUUCAGUUCAAGGUUUUCUCCUAGCGACACAUGUGGCCGUUGCUAAGAAUCAACAGCAUCAGGCGUUUCUUCUUUCUGCCGUUGCCCUCGCUUGCAGUCCUCGGCAGAAGUCCACCAUCGCUAUACGAUCCCCGGACGACCCCUCACUUCCUUCCACGAACAUGGUUGGGUAGGAAGUUUACGGUAGGGAUCAGCCAGUCGCAACCUGCUGUAGGACAUCCAACAUGCGGAACCCGUCCGAGCUUUCAGGCCGGGGAAGAGGUGAUGUGCGGAGGACUGGUCCAGGCUCAUGAGAAGUCCAUGCAGUUCCAGUCACCUUAUAAGCCGCGUAUUCCCAAGGAGCAGAAGAGUCAGUCUACGUCUGUUUUGCCUGCAGAGUUGUCUUGUACUCGGCUCUGCCCGAUCACAAAUGGCCACCGAGACGACCACCGUCACAACCCGGCUGUACGGGAGUCUUCCACCCUUCCCUGACGAUCUCGUCCACGCGCCGAUUGCUGAGAUCUCCUCCAGAAAGCUCCUAGAGAAGGACCCAGACGCCACUGCUGCAGUCUUGCAAGCAUGCCAGACCUACGGUUUCUUCUAUCUUGACGUGGCCGACUCAGAUCGAGGGCGCCAGCUCCUUGAGGAAGCUGACCAGCUCUACGACCUCAGCAAAGAGACGCUGAGCCUCCCAUUUGAGGAAAAAGACCAAUACGAUUUUCGCAAGACGGGAUCCUUUUUCGGCUACAAACCUGCUGGAACUGUCAAAUUAACAGACAAAGCCCAGCGUCCUGACAGCACAGAGUUCUUUAACAUCGGAAAGGACUGCCUCUUCGACAUCGCCCCGAGCACCAAAUAUCCUGAAGCCAUUCAGAACGCGAGACCCCUGCUGCAGAAGUUUUGUAAGGGUGCGCACGAGAUGGCCAUGGAUGUCCUCCGCACACUGGCUCGCGCAUCGGGCGAGGACGAGGAAGUUUUUGUGGAGCGCAAUCUCUUCCACGAAUCUUCAGGAGACCACGUCCGCCUUACAUUGAAGCCCGCAUCAAGUGCAUCAACGUCGGCUGUUGGACUUCCCUCACACACCGACUUUGGCAGCAUCACGAUCUUGUUCAAUUGGCUCGGCGGGCUGCAGAUCGAAUCACGCACCCCCGGUCGCAUUGGCGAAUGGGAAUACGUCAAACCACUGCCGGGAAAAGCCAUUGUCAAUCUGGGCGAUGCGAUGGUCCACUUUUCCAAUGGAACAAUGAAGAGUGCUAAACACCGCGUCGUGCCGUCGCCUGGCGCCCAGGCGGAGAUGGAAAGAGUCAGUGUUGUGUAUUUUGUCCGACCAACACAUCAUAGCCUGCUGAAGCCGGUGGGGAAGUUCGAUUCGGGAGAAAAUCGAGUCAAAGUCGCUGGGAAGUUCUCGGAUGGGAUCGAUGACAAAGUUUACACCGCGAGGGAGUGGCUUGAGUUGCGGUAUAUACAAUUGAACGCGUCGAAGGAUUGAUCUUGGUAUUCAUAAAUUAUGGAACUCAACUUCGAGUUGUGUUGCCUUGACACAAGGCUCUUUCUGGCGUUUGGGUACGGCUUGCAAUCUCAACGUUGAAGUUCUGCAACUAUGUGCCUAACUGCGUUCGCUGCCUCGACAGAAGGACGACUGCA